CUUGAAAUACAUGUAAUUCCCAAGCAAUAUUCACAACUGCCAGCCAAAAGGCCAAUCCCUCUUCUUUUUAUCUUUUCUACAAAACAAAUUUGUUAUUUGCCUCCUAUUUUUCUUCAUUUUUUUUCAAUGUCCUUUACCAGCAAUGAUUGAUUUAUACCCAUCUAUGUACACAUCUUCUUCAUCUUAUCUUCUUAGGUGGAAGACCCAAGUCUCUCAAUUUUAUUUAUUUUUCUCUUUCUUUUUUCCUGUCAUUUUCUAAGUGAUUUCACUUUCUCCCCACUAAUUCUUGUUUCUUCUUCUGGGUUCUUCUCAAUUUAAUCUUUUGUCUGAGCUGUAUAUAUUCUUAUUCUUAAACUUAUUCAUAAUUAGCUCAUAUUUAUGUCUCCAGCUGCAAUUGAGCGUCCAAUGCUGGAAUCGGCAUGUUCAAUAUCCAGUGACGGGAGUCGGCGUCGUUUUGGUAAUCUCAGAGGGGUUCAAUGGCGUAUAGAUCUUGGGAUUCUGCCUUCUUCCUCUUCUUCUACGAUUGAUGAACUUCGCAGAGUCGCUGCCGAUUCUCGUAGGAGAUAUGCUCGUUUAAGAAGGCGCCUGUUGGUUGAUCCACAUUUGCCAAAGGAUGGAAGUAAUUCCCCUAACCCUGCUAUAGACAAUCCAUUGUCACAAAACCCAGAUAGUACCUGGGGACGAUUCUUUCGGAAUGCUGAACUAGAAAAAACAGUUGACCAGGAUUUAACGCGUUUAUAUCCUGAACAUGGGAACUAUUUCCAGUCUCCUGGAUGUCAGGGAAUGUUAAGAAGAAUUUUAUUGUUUUGGUGCCUUAGACAUCCUGAGUAUGGUUAUAGACAAGGAAUGCAUGAACUUUUGGCUCCCUUACUAUAUGUUCUUCAUGUUGAUGUGGAGCGACUCACGGAAGUGCGGAAGCAGUAUGAGGACCAUUUUGCCGACAAAUUUGAUGGUGUACCAUUUCAAGAGAAUGAUCUUAUGUACAACUUUGAUUUCAAAAAGUAUUUAGAUUCCAUGGAAGAUGAGAUUGGUUCUCAUGGUAGUGCCACCAAAGUUGGGAGUCUUGUUGAGCUUGAUCCUGAGAUACAAACCAUUAUAUUACUAAGUGAUGCUUAUGGGAUUGAAGGUGAAUUGGGAACUGUUUUGUCUGAGAAAUUUAUGGAACAUGAUGCCUAUUGUAUGUUUGAUGCUUUGAUGAAUGGGGCUUAUGGUGCAGUUGCCAUGGCAGACUUUUUCUCUCCAUCCCCUGUAGGUGGGUCUCAUUCUGGGUUACCUCCUGUUAUUGAAGCUUCGGCUGCAUUGUACCAUUUGCUGUCUGUCGUUGAUUCAUCUUUACACAGCCACCUUGUUGAGCUUGGUGUUGAACCACAGUACUUUGCACUUCGCUGGUUGCGGGUUUUAUUUGGACGAGAAUUUUCGCUUCAAAACCUCUUAUUAAUAUGGGAUGAAAUAUUUUUAGCAGAUAAAAACAAAUUAGAGAAAGGUGCAGAAGAUGAUGUUAGCUCCACUUUUAGUAUUUUUAGUUCACCACAGGGAGCACUGAUAUCAUCCUUUGCAGUUUCUAUGAUACUUUAUUUGAGAUCUUCACUGCUUUCCACUGAAAAUGCUACUACCUGUCUCCAGAGACUAUUGAAUUUUCCAGAGAAUAUAGAUCUGAGAAGACUUAUAGAUAAGGCAAAAUCUUUACAGGCUCUUGCAAUGGGGCCUAGUAUUUCUUCCUUCUCUACUCCUUUUGGUGGGGCUUAUAACGACAGUAAGUCAAUGGUGGUGAGAGGUCAUUCUCUUUCACUUGAUUCUAUUUCUCCAAGAACUCCUCUAAGCAUGGUGCCUGACAGCUAUUGGGAAGAGAAGUGGAGAGUUUUGCACAAAGCAGAAGAACAAAGGGAUGGUAGUUCAGGAAAACAAAAUUCAACCCCCAAAAAAGGAUGGACAGAAAAAGUAAGAUCGAGUAUAUCUAGAGCAGUAUCUGACCCAUCUCCAGCAAAAGUUGGUUGUGGCAAGGACCGCAAGCCAUUUGUUAGGCGCCGUUUGCUUGAAGAUUUAUCUCGUGAACUUGGCUUGGAUGAAGAUACUGAGAAAGUAGGCUGCAAUGAAGUUCCAGGCCAAAAGGACCAUAUCUGUGCAGCAGUUGGGUUGGAGGAUGAAGGUGGUCUAAAUAAGGACUUCACUUGUACAGCUGAGGAGAGAUGUCCUAGUGGAAAUGCUGGCAGUGAGGAAAACUCAUCCGUAUGCUCAGACCCCUCUAGCCCUUCCAGUGGUGCUAACAAUCGUGAAAAUGACUUGGAGAAAAGUAGUGUUGCCUCAAAUUUGUCGAUUGAUGAAACAGAUGAUCAUCCUGAGUAUAACCAGGAAGAUGCAACACUUCCUGUGUCCCAUCUCCCUAGUGAUGCCACUCUAAAUUCUGGGAGUAACAAUGAAGCAACGGAAAAGUCUAUGACUAAGGAGCGGAAACUUCUUUCGGGUAAAUUCCAGUGGUUUUGGAAGUUUGGUCGGAGUAAUGCUGGCCAGGAGAAAUGUGAACAAGGAAGUGGAGCGCCUGAUGCUACAAAAUCUGCCAAUGCUGCUGGUAAUCAGAGCAAUACAAUAUGCUCUUCUGUUGAUGGACCAUGCAAUUCUUGCACUAGUGCAAAAGGAGAUGUUGCGGACCAGAAUAUGAUGGGUACUUUGAGGAAUCUUGGCCACUCAAUGCUAGAACAUAUUCAGGUUAUAGAGUCUGUUUUCCAGCAAGAUCGGGGUCAGGUGGGGUCAUUGGAAAAUUUGUCUAAAAAUGCUCUAGUUGGCAAAGGACAAGUUACAGCUAUAACGGCUCUUAAGGAGCUUCGGAAAAUCAGCAAUCUUCUAUCUGAAAUGUGAUUUUGAGCUUCAUUUAUAUAUAUACCUGUAUAUAUUUUUUGUAAUUACUAUUCUUUUAGUGCACAAUAAAGCGAGUUUCGGUCUUCUCUUCUAUCCUUCUGAGAAAUCCAAAUUUUUGUAUCAUAAAGCGAGCUUCUGGUCUUUACCAAGAUUCAAACUCCAUACUUGUAAGGUAUGAAAACGACUCUGCUACUAUUGAGCAAAAGAUCAUUGGUCGUGCUUUGUUGUUUUUAUUGGCUUGAUCAUCAACAUUUGCCAAUGCUAUAUAGUUUCUGUAGUAGAUAUUUGUAUGCAGAAUGUAAUAUGUAGGAUGCUUAUAUCUAUGUGUAGUUACAGACUUUUGUUAUGAUCUUUAAUUGAAUGGCUGAUGCCUUUCGCACUA